AUGGGUAGUGUCGCCGGUGGUUCUGUCGCCGGCCGGUUCUGCAUCGGUGGCAUCUGCGUCGGUGUAUUUUUAUGGAGGGCCUGUAAAAACAUUCUUCCUACUAAGGAAAAUCUUAGAAGAAGAGGGUUUAUUGAUGAGGAUCGAUGCAUUCUCUGCUGCAGUGAGAAAGAAACGGUCCAUCACAUUCUUUGGGCUUGCCCUUCAGCUCAAGAUGUAUGGGGAGCCAGUAGCUGUAAGCUCCAAAAAUGUGCAAGGAGUUAUAGUGAUUUUAAGGAUUUUUUUGAGGAGCUGUCGGUCCAGUUGUCUGGGAAAGAUCUAAAUCUGUUAGCUCUAACAUUACGAGGAAUUUGGAGGCGGCGGAAUUUAGUUGUGCAUGGGGGUGACUUUACCCACCCAAGUAUCAUAGCUGAUACAGCUUGGGAGGGCCUUUUGCAAUUCACACAGGCAAAUGAAAAGGAGCUGAACCAGGCCGACGAAGGGAGAGGAGGAACGGGCAUGAAAUGGCAGGCACCUCCGUCUGGUUUCUACAAAGUUAAUUGGGACAUUGCAAUCUCCACUGGAAGGAAAUGUAUGGGAAUCGGUGUGAUUAUUCGAGAUGCAGCUGGUCGAGUUCUAGCGGCCCAAAGUAAAUCCUUCAUGGCUGUCUAUGAUCCAGCUACAGGAGAAGCUUUGGCCGCCUUGCAUGCAGAAGGACUAUGCAGGGACCUAGGUUUCUAUGAUAUUAUUUUUGAAGGGGAUUCACUGUCUAUGGUGAAGGCAAUCGGAGAGAGAGAUCCAAAUUGGCUCCGGUAUGGGCAUAUCGUGGAGGAUAUAAAGACAGUGCUAAGAACUCUUCGACAAUGGAAGAUUUGCCAUGCCAAGCGAGAAGCAAAUAUAGCAGCACAUGGACUGGCGAAGGAGGCGACAAUGUUUAUUAUGGAUAAUAUUUGGAUUGAGGAGAUUCCGAUUUGUAUCUCAAAUAUUGUUCAUUUAGAGUGUAAUGAUCUCUCUUUAUAG